UUACUCGGUCGAUUCUAUCAAGCAUUAUACCUUUCACAUCCAUCUUUAUCUGGAGGAGGUGUUAAGAAACGAUAUACACUUGCACCACCUUCGGUACAUCGAGAAGGUAACAAACGAUCGAUUUGGGCCAAUGUAGCUGAGAUCUGUAAAAAGAUGCAUCGACAACCGGAACAUGUGAUUCAGUUCUUGUUUGCUGAAUUAGGUACAUCUGGAUCAGUUGAUGGUAGUGGGAAUUUAGUGAUCAAAGGUAGAUUUCAACAAAAACAAAUCGAAGCUGUUUUAAGAAGAUAUAUUGUUGAAUAUGUGACUUGUAAAACUUGCAAAUCACCGGAUACUUUACUUGAGAAAGAUAAUCGAUUGUAUUUCGUUACAUGUGAAUCAUGUGGUUCUAAAAGAUCAGUUUCGGCUAUCAAAACUGGAUUUUCGGCUCAAAUUGGAAAACGAAAAGCUCAAAGGACUGGUUAA